AUGAGCCACCAGACAAAUCACCUCCUUCGUCUCGCCUUCUUCCUGGCGGUGAGUUUAGCCGGAGCCUCUACGAUCCGGCCGCGUACCGCUUCAGAGCUUGAGACUACUGAUCCCGAGACAUUGAACGCACACAAAGACUUUCUUAGUCUUCUCCGUGGUCCUCUCAUACCAGCAGCUUUCAUGAACCCUCAUGGGGCCAGAAACAAUCCUCGUUGCACAAAGAGUUCCCCUUAUGUGGAUAUGGAUGACAAAAUAUUCGUGGAAGAGCUUCCAAGUCCACGGAUCGAGAGCAACAUUCGAGAGAUCAUAAACACUUUUGUAGAGGCGCUGAAAGCACGACAAAUCCUGGUUCGUCUCCCUUCUCUUCCAAAUUCGCAAAGAACAAAAGCGGAGGGAAUCCGAGUCCUGCACUUUCGCUCAGUGCCCAUGUACAGUGAGAUGCUAAAGCGCGCUCGAGUGAGAGAGGGCUUCGAUCUUCUAAGCCGGCGACGGCGCAGCCUCGAUGGACUCGAAAUGGAUGCAGAGUUUAAAUCUCUGAUUUCGAGUGGCAAGGCGCCUGUCACAAACUGUACGGGUAUUUUUGCCAAUUACUGUUACAAUUCCAUCUCCUGCAUUUACGUCAGCGUUCUGGAGAGCGCUGCUUGCUCGUGUAUGCCGGGUUACACAGGUCUGCGUUGUGACCUCUAUGACCUCUCGAUAACCUUGGCCACCCUGUCUCAGUUUCGCACCACCACAGUUGACAUCGAGGCUCUGCGACCUGAGGAUUCUGCAACUAUGUACAGUGUUCUCGAUGCUACUGCACGAUAUACCUACUCGGCCUUCGAAAUAGAGGACGAAGUUUGA